AUGGCAACAACAGCGUCUCUUCUUCCCAUCAUUCCCCGCAUAUUCUUUCUUUAUCUAGAACCAGCUGCGAUAGCAUACGGUAUGUUUUCCCAAUAUGCCUCACGUCGCCCCAUAUUCGAGCUUUCAUCCAAAGCGCAUAAUGCUCUGCCUCUCCCAUCCUUAAUCGUUCCGUCGAUGGCGACGGGUUAUCUUUUCAACAUGAUGCUAUACGGUCUAGUCAUUCUCCUCGCGUCGCCGCCCAACAAGCGCUUGUUGCAGCUUCACAUCUGGGUCUUGAUAAUUGCAGAUCUCACGCACUGGGCCGGCCUUUUUUCGACUAUUGCUCAAAACGAUCCUCGCGGCUGGGUAGCCGUAUUCGACACAACUAAUUGGGGGCCUGAUGCCUGGAAUCUUGCUAUAUAUCCUAUUACCACUCUUGGCAUCAAGUUUGCGACUUUGGCUGGGUGGUUUGGCGAGAUUCGAGGCUAGUAUAACUAGCAUUCGGGCAAAAUCUCCCAGUGAAGUAAAGGAACGGGAGUAGAAGGCAAAUCAGAGAAAGGAAAAAAUGACAGGGAGCGGUGAAGGGAGAAAAAGAGCGAAGAUGGCAAACAAGCUUAGUCUUAAUCUUGUCAAGUCGACAGCAGUUUCACGCAUGGUCCUAUACCUUAGGUAGCUUAUUUAAGGAGGAACAAGUAUUAUCGUACAUU